CAGCUUCGGUUGGGUUCAUAACUCAUGCAAGAAGCUAGUCCCUUUUUUUGUUUUAACGAGCUCUGCCGUAAUGGCAUUUUUCAGUGCUUUUAGACCUCUGAAGUUGUUACAUAAGUCAGUACAUUACUCUUGUGGAGUGGUUCUUGGUACGAGGAGUGUGCUUGGGAUUUGAAAUGUAAGGGAUGCAAGAUACUUUUGGAGAAGCAAAAACUCCAGAGUAUUGAUGCAGGCCUCUACAAUGUUUGCAGAGAUAUGGUUCGACCCUGAUGAUGAAGCCCCGGGUACAUUUUACAUGCAGAGGCAGCUGAUGCGGGUGAAUGUGCGUCGGCCUUGACAAGGAAACUUUUCACUGACAUUCAGCCAUUGCAAAUGAGAAGUGUCGCAAUAUUUUCGUAGGCCUUCAGAAACUAACAGACGUGGAAGCUGAUGAUUAGUACAAUUUCUUUAUCGCAGGAAGUGAAGUCUGGUUAGAAUGGGUGGACGCCCCAUGCAUUUACCUAAACCCACAGGUCCUCACCACGUUUCCUUCGCUGAUUUUGAGCUGCGCCAGACAGGAGGAGAAGAAAGUGUUUCAGUUCUCUCCUCGGAUCCUGAAAAGAAUGAGCUCAAAUUAGAUGAUGUACCGUCCAUGCGUUUCUUUUAUCCCACUGCAGAGGAACCCAAGUGGUGUCUCGCCGACACCCAGGCGAGACGGUGGCUGCCACAUUUCAACUACACAUGGGGCUAUUUCUCCAAAGUCAUUCAACCAUCUUCCUAUCUGCGCCGCUUCGCAAUCUGGACCAUCUCAUGCUUCAUGCAUCUCUUCAUGUGGCUCCAAUUGCACUGCUCCGUGGCGAAGCCUAUGCUGGAGCUGGAAGGGGAGGAUGAGAAUGGUCGACUACCGGUCGUAAUUUUCAGUCAUGGCAUGUGGUCGUGUCGCACAACGUAUACGAUUACCUGUUGUGACAUGGCUUCUCAUGGCUACAUUGUGGUCGUGGUGGAGCAUUUGGAUGGCUCCGCCGUCGCUGCUAAGUAUCGAGAUGAGAAGGGCAAGAAGAAGUGGAUCACUCAUGCGUUUGCGGAACGACCGUUUGAUGAUACUCCAAUUUCUGAUCGCUCCAAGCAGCUCAGAAAGAGAGUAGGCGAGAUCCGGAAGGUAGUAGAUGCACUGGAGAUGCUUGAUAGUGGACUCCUGACGCAGAAUUCAAAUGGCGUUAAAGGAAGGUUGAGUUUGGAUGUGAGAAUGAUCUGUGGUCGCAUUGACAUGAGCCAUGUCGCAAUCCGAGGGCAUUCAUUUGGAGGUUCUACUGCCAUUGUCGCUUGUGGGCUGGACAAGAGACUCAAAUGCUGUAUCGCUGAAGAUGCGUGGUGGCAACCCAUAGAGCGGCCCGACUUCGACCGGCUGGCUGGAAAGGUGCCUCUGGUUCUAGUCAACACAGAACACUUUGAAUGGGAUGAUCUGCGUCGAUUACGUAACUUAUUUCUUGAAGCUCGAGAUGAGAGCCAGCUUGACGAACAACCUUUGGUGACCAAGCUAUUUACCAUCAAGUUGACGCAGGGCACACGCCAUAUGGACCAGUGCGACUUCCCAGUUAUGUGGCCACGGGUCUUCAAAGCAGUCAAGUUGUCAGGCACGGCAGAUCCUGGGCUUGUAAAAGACAUCACCAGCAGACUCUGCCUUGGAUUCUUACACCGUUACCUCUUAUCACCUGGAAAAGGAGCUCAAUACGCUGCAGACAUCCUGAAAUUGGAUAGAGACCAUCUUGUUGAUGGCACACUUGCACAAUCUGUUCAAGCUACAAUACCUGGACAAGCUUUAGAAAAGAGUUCAGCAGACUUGAACCCGAACGCCCACCAUGAAAAUCAUAUUAGCAAACAAGAUGGGAAUUGAAGCACCCAACUUCUGUUUAGAGAUAUAUUAGUUUGUAACAUUCCUAAUAAAUUGAAAUCCACCACCAAGGCCUUAUUCGUGAA